AUGAGGUGGCAGACGUUUCGGUUAAUCUCAAUUUACGCGGCGCUCUCGGCCAUUACCAAUUUCCCCUCCGGAUUCACCAAUUCCUCAGUCAACACUGCCGUCGAGCAACUUCACAAGUAAUGAAGCCGUCUGACUGAAAUUAAAUUUUUAAAUAACUGUUCAGAUUCAUUGCAAGUUCGCUUCGACAUGCAGGAUUGCGGGAGGACGAGAAUACGAUCGCUCUGCUCCAGGUUUUCAAAAUGUUUGGAAGAUUUCUGGAAAUUUGUAUUUUCUUUCAGUCUGCCACCCUCAACUGCUGGUUUGUAGCCCAAAUCUUUGGCGCAAUUAUGACGCCGAUGAUUUCCGAUCGGUUCGGAAGAAAAAGUGAGGAAUUGAGACACUUCCUGGUUCUAAAUUCUCCGCAUUUUCCAGUCGGCUACAUUGUGUGUGUGGGCACCACGAUUUUUGCCACCUUUGUUCAGUACUUCUCAAUGUGCUUCUACAUGCCGUGGGGACUGAUCAUCGGACGGUCUCUGACCGCUCUGGUCUCUCCGCUCGGAGACGCGUGUCUUCUGCUCUACGUCCAGGAAACGUCGCCCAUCGAGAUUCGGGGAAUGUCGUCGUUCCUUUGCGAAAUUGGCUACGGCACCAUGUGUGUGCUCGGAAUGGUUAUGGGCAUGAAAUCCGUGCUCGGCGAGUCGCUCUCUCGGCUCCUGCUGCUCUCGCUGGUCCCUCUGUUCUUGUCGCUUUGCUUUGUGCUUCGGAUACCAGAAACACCAAAGUUUCUGAUGAUUACUAAGUAAUUUACUCAUUAAAUCCUCCCCAAAUCAUGUAUAAUUUCCAGAAAUGACCGGGAAAACGCGAUGCGUUCACUGGAAUACUUCCAAGGAUCAUCGCCGUCCAACGUCUUCCAACUCAACGAUUACCAAGCGGAAAAGAUGACGGAGAGGGCGUCGCAGGACUCCACAUUCGUCGAGCUUCUGUCCAAAUGGCACCUCCGUCAGGCGAUGCGUCUCGCCCUCGCCACUCUCUCACUAACACUCUCGUUCUACCCGAUCCUCCAGUCCUCCACCUUUUUCCUUCUUCAAUCCGGGAUCUCUCUGUCAGCUUCCCUCCGCUUUUCACUGUUUUCAAUCUGUAAUUUCAGUGAGGUCGCUCAGUGGGGCUCCACAUUGGCUCAGGUUGUUCUGACACUCUCCUCCUGCUUCGGCGCCUCGAUUAUCGAUCGAUUCUCGCGACGGAAGCUGCUCAUCACCUUCGGAAUAGUCUCGAAUGUCCUUCUCAUUGCGUUCUCCUUCUUUUCACACCUCUCAAUCAACGCGAACUCGCCGUACCCGUGGCCAAAGUACGCGUGUCUCGGCUCUUUGCUCGCCUACUGCAUCUCAUUCGGAAUGGUGCUCGGCCCGUUGUCGUGGUUCGUUGCGCCAGAGCUCGUCAGCCAACGCCACCGAUGCACCAUCUUUUCCGCCUGCUUCGCAAUCCACAAUUUGCUCAUCGCGCUCACGGACUUUGCGACGAUACCGCUGUUCCAUGUGGGCACAAUGGUCCUGUAAAGCAAAACAUGACAAAUAUUCUUCCAGGUCUUCGGCAGCAUGGUCUUUGUGUUUCUGUUCGUGAUUCCGUCGUCUCUGUGCAUCUGCUACAUCUACCUAUUCAUGCCGGAGACGUUGGGCCGCACGACGCUCGAGAUCAUCCACGAGAUCAUCGACCGCGGACUGCACGGCUCGGACUACAAGGACGCGGAUCUGGAGACGCCCGCGAUGCAAGUCCGCCCACGGAUGUUUACCUCAAACUCGGACGGUCAUCUUCAAGUCUAUUAA